CUGCAAGGUUAUGGUGGGCACUGCCAUUCUCGUCUUCCUUCUCAUAAUCCUCAUCAUUCUCUUCAACGCCUACAUCCGCUUCUGCCGCCGUCGCCGCCGUGUUCUCUUGUUCCGUUCCCUUCCCACUUUUUCCUUCUCCGCCUCGUGCACCGCUCUCUCAAGGAAUGUGCGUGUGCCUGUCGGAGGUUCGCCGAGGUUGAUAAAGUUCGCACACUUCCCAACUGUAAGCAUGGUUUCCACACCCACUGCAUCGACGCGUGGUUUGCCUCUCACUCCACGUGUCCUCUGUGCCGAACACCGGCCCAACCGGCCAAGGGUUGCUCCGAUAAUGAACCCGGUUUGGUUCCAGUUUCCGGAGCAGAAGAGGGUUGUUCUUCGUCUUUGGGUCCCCCAAUUGCGUGUCCGAGAAAGACGUUGGAUGUAGUGAUAGAGGUGGGAGAUGUGGAAAGAGGUUUGAAUCCUGCAAGGAAGAUGAUGGAUUCAGAUGUUCAUUGAAGUGGUUUUUGUAACGCAUUAAGCUAGUCAAUGCUAUGGUUUAUCAUAAUCUAAUCCCUCAAAUUGGUUUUAACAUGUGAAUCUAAAAUCACUGAAAUCUCAAAUCUCAGUUGAAUUUGGUUAGUAAUGCACAUUUAGACCAU